GCCUUGCUUACCACCGUCUCAGAUUCAAUUGCCACAAGAAUUGCCGCUGCUCCAACCUCAAAUCAAGCCUGGAUCUCGUUGGAAAAAUUGUAUGCAAAUAGAUCCAUGGUGCGAUAUGUGAUCUGGCAAGAUCACCUUCAUAAUCUUUGUAGUGAAGGAAAAACGGUGACUGAAUAUUUAAACCUUGUUAAGUUGAUCACCGAUGAGCUUGAGAACAUGCACUGGGCAGUAUCUAAUGAAGAACUUUCUGUUCAUGUAAUGAACGAUCUCGGACCAGAGUUUCAAGAAUUCUGUGCUGUCAUGCGUGCCCUUGAAACACCUUUGUCAUUUGAGGAUUUUCAAGGUAGACUAUUAGCACAUGAGGAAUCACUGCAUCAUGAGGAAAGGAGGCUUGAAACAAUACCGGUUGUUGCUCAUCAUGCUUCUGUCGAGAUGAGAAACUCAAGGGGACCAAAUGCUUAUUAUUCACAAUCUGGUUCAAAUUUUCAAACUACUAGUUUUGUUACUAACCAGCCUAUUUCUGCAGCCGCUACCCGAAAUCCGAUAGAACCUUCGUGCAUCUCUCAGGCUCUGAAAGAUCCAAACUGGAAGCAGGCUAUGUCUGAUGAAUUCACUACACUUGUCCAUCAAGGCACUUGGGGUUUGGUCCCUCGGUCUCUUGAUCAAAAUGUGAUUGGAUCUAAAUGGGUCUUUUGGUUGAAGUGUAAGGCUGAUGGGAGUAUAGAGUGUUACAAGGCACGUCUUGUAGCCAAAGGUUUCCAUCAACAACCUGGCAACGAUUAUUCAGAAACCUUUAGCCCGAUGAUCAAAUCGACAACUAUCAAAAUGAUGCUCUCUAUUUUUGUUGUUGAUCAACUAGUAUCUUCACUCAGUUCAGCAUUUUCUUUGAAAGAUCCUAGUCCUCUACAUUUCUUUUUGGGGGUGGAAGCUAUUACUACUUCUGCUGGUACACAAUAUCAUGGUUUACUUUUACGGCCUCAGCACAAUUUGUCAUUGCAUGCCUUUGAUCUUCAUUUUGUUCGUGAGUUAGUUGAACAACAGAUUCUUCGUGUGGCACAUAUUUCUUCCAAGGAUCAAUUAGCUGAUGGUUCCACUAAACCUUAUCUAGCACACGAUUUUUGCUGUUGCGAUCCAAGAUUGGCAUCGCUAAUGGCUCCUCCAUCUUGCGGGGGUGUGUCAAGGAAAGUUCUACAUGAUACAAUCUUGUCAUUAAACUGAAGAUUUGAUUCUCUAGAUUACCAUUAAUUGCCUGUAAUUAAAGUUUAUAUUAUUUCUUUCCUUAUAUUGCUUAUUUCCUAAGCAGAAUGCCUUGUAUAUAUUUGAAUUCAAGUGUGAAUAAGAGACAAGCAAUUCAGCCUAUCUAAACUGAAGAUUUGAUUCUUUAGAUUACCAUUGAUUGCUUGUAAUUAAAGUUUAUAUUAUUUCUUUUCUUAUAUUACUUAUUUCCUAAGCAGAAUGCCUUGUAUAUAUUUGAAUUCAAGUGUGAAUAAGAGACAAGCAAUUCAGCCUAUCUUUUCUUUGCCUUGUUAGUUUGCAAUAGUUUUUCUUUUCUUUCUAUAAGUGUUCAUCUGGUAGCCACAGAAAUAGCAAAGAAGUACAUGCUUCGCUUAAUUGAGGACUCCAUCAAAUUCUUCCACAUGAUAGAGAACUUGAAAACUAUCAAAUGACAAGAACUGAUGAAUCAUACAACCAAUAUGUGGAGUUAGUUGUUAAGCAUCAUUUAUGGUUUAUGUUCUGCUUUCAGCAAGUUCUUAUAAAUCAUCUAAAUUUAU